GUUGUUGUUUUGGUAACAAAAGUCAGUGCUUGAGUACUACUCCAGCCAGCCUUUUCCCAUUUGAUCAGUCUUUCUCCCUUUUCCCUUCUCUCAACCUUCUCAAAGUUUUCCUGCUUGUCAUACUUUUGCUAGGUAGUAAUGUAAUUUCUCCAAGUUGUUAACCCCUGGGUGAAAUCACUGAGAGAAGAAGGUGAAGAUGACCUUACCCCAGAGCAAGUGUGUAUAGUUUUCCUUCUUAUUUCAAAGAUGACACUAUUGGUGGUGAUCACUUUUGGAGAGAGAGUGUGUGUGUGUGAGAGAGAGAGAGAGACACCAAGAAGACCACUUCCCUUCUCCAUAGAGCAGCUGAUUGUGUAUUCUACUGCUAUUCAUUUUCCAUCUGUGUCCUGUCCAGAUGUUUUGUUGCCACAAAUUUAUCUUCAGUGCUGAUAGACCACAUUUCAGGACCUCAUAGUUGGCGAACUUGUCCUGCCAUUGGCUUGUAGGUGAUGCUGAUGAAACUGCUCAAGAAGCUGGAUAUGAUGUGCUGGCUCCGGGUCUCCCAGCCAUAUAGUAGGUCGGUCACUACCACCACUUUGUAGACCUUCAAUUCUCUCCAAGGUGGGUAUGGGUCUUAUCAGCUCAUCAAUUAGGUAGGUCCAUUACAGGAUGCCAGAGAGGAUCGGAACUGCUGUGAAAAGGGACUGCCUUGCCGGGGAGGAGACCCGCCCAGAUAGAUCCAGGCCCUGCCCUCAUCCAGGGUACUCGUGCAGUGUAGCCCCACAUCCAGAUUUCCUUUCUCCGCUAGAGGAAUCACACUCCAAACUGAAGCUCCUCCUGUGAACUUCAGAAGAAGCGUCUUCUGCAAGGUGUAAUGGCUCCGACUACUAAGCUUGAUAGCAGCCUGACAGUGCCUAGCAUGUGGAUCAAGGCUUUCCAAGGACCAGAUGGCGCAGUGCAAGUGUUGCACGGGCCCCGUCACUCUACUGGAGUUCGACGUGCCCCUGCCACCCGUGGGAAUCUUAGAUGAGCGUUCAAUUAGCUUUCGCAGCGAUAGUCGUCCUGAUAUACUCACCCCACGACCCUGGUCUCGAAAUGCAGCCCCUACUAGCACAAAACGAAGAGACAGCAAGCUGUGGAGUGAGACUUUUGAUGUUUGUGUCAAUCAUAUGCUUACAUCCAAGGAAAUCAAACGUCAAGAGGCUAUUUUUGAGCUUUCCCAGGGGGAAGAAGACUUGAUAGAGGACUUGAAAUUAGCAAAAAAGGCAUACCAUGACCCCAUGCUUAAACUCUCCAUAAUGACAGAACAAGAGUUAAACCAAAUUUUUGGAACACUGGACUCCUUAAUCCCUCUGCAUGAAGAUCUCCUCAGACAGCUUCAGGAAGUAAGGAAGACUGACGGAUCCACUGACCACGUCGGCCACAUUCUGGUGGGCUGGCUGCCUUGUCUCAGUUCGUAUAACAGCUACUGCAGCAAUCAAGUGGCUGCUAAGGCAUUACUGGACCUCAAGAAGCAAGAUCAUCGUGUGCAAGAUUUCCUGCAGCGUUGCUUGGAGUCACCCUUCAGCCGCAAACUGGAUCUCUGGAAUUUCCUCGAUAUCCCCAGAAGCCGUUUAGUAAAAUAUCCACUGCUUCUUAGGGAAAUAUUGAGGCACACACCAAAUGACAGCCCAGACCAACAACACUUGGAGGAAGCUAUAAACAUCAUUCAAGGGAUAGUGGCAGAAAUUAACACAAAGACUGGAGAAUCUGAAUGCCAAUAUUAUAAAGACAGGCUAAUUUAUCUCGAUGAAGGCCAGAAGGAUGCCUUGAUUGAUAGUUCACGGGUAUUGUGUUGUCACGGUGAAUUGAAAAACAACAGGGGUGUGAAACUGCAUGUCUUCCUGUUCCAACAAGUGCUUGUGAUUACUCGAGCCAUAACUCACAAUGAACAGCUUUGUUACCAGCUAUACAGACAACCAAUCCCUGUGAAAGACCUUGUGCUGGAAGAUUUACAAGAUGGAGAAGUGCGAUUAGGUGGAUCCAUCCGAGGUGCCUUUAGUAACAAUGAGAGAGUCAAAAACUUCUUCAGAGUAAGCUUCAAAAGUGGAUCUCAAAGCCAGACCCAUUCAUUGCAAGCCAAUGACACCUUCAACAAACAGCAGUGGCUUAACUGUAUCCGCCAAGCCAAAGAAACCAUUCUAUGUGCAGCAGGACAAUUUGGGGUGCUUGAUUCAGAAGAACAUUUUCGAAUACCUGCCACUAUGAGCAGAGAGCCCCAGGGAGAAAUUAAGCCCGAGAAAAUGGACCAAUCAGACAAUGACUCAGACUGUAGUAUGGACACUAGUGAAAUCAGCCUUGACUGUGAGCGCAUGGAGCAAACAGACUGUUUCUGUGGGAACAGCAAACAGAUCAAAAGCAACAUUUGACAGAGACUUAAAUCCUUCCUGGAAGUAGCCCUGUGUCUGUCUUGUACAGUAUUUGCAUUCCGUAAAUGGAACCGUCUGGAGAAGCACUUUUUAAUUCUGUGACAGUGUCGACAGUCUCUUGUUUCUGUACCUUUGACUGUAGUAUUGUAACUGCCAAUCUGUCGUUGUAAGCUGGAGUAUUUUGCAGCUGUUGUCCUGUAGUGGAUUUCAAAAAUGUCUGGGUGGAUGAAAGAGGUACUUGACCAGUUACUUUCAGUUGUCUUGCUAGAAAAUAGAAUCUCUAAACUGUUGUUUAUUCGUGUGUUUCCUAAAUAUUUUGUCCCUGCUUUUUCAGCGCUUCGCUUGAUUUCAGAUAUGGUAGCUGAAACUUGGAGUGUAGGGCACCUCAAGUGACAAAUGAAGUUAUCCAUGUGUUGUGAUGGUGUUUGGAAUGAGGAAAAAGCAACGAAGGGGAAAAGUCAAAUCCUUAGAAUUGAUUUGGUCCAAUACUGUGAUAUUUAAUCGAAAGGUAUUAAUGGACCAUGUCUCUGAAGACACUUGGAGGCUUAAUUUUCAAAAUGACAAAAGAUUUGGAAAAGCAACACAUUUAGGCCUAAUUAGUGCAUUUAGUUGAACAAGGAAUGAAAAGGCCAGCUCCAAGUUUUCAGCUGGAAUUCUGAACAUAGUAUAUGUAGGAUAUGUGUGGCAAUUGGGAUUUCUCACUUAUAGUACCAUUUCUAGUCCAGCGCAUUAGCCCAGAUCAAAAGAUGAUGCUAUUGAUGGUAAGAUCCUACACCAUGUGUAUGAAUGUGGCCGAAACGUUUGAUGUGUGACCACACUCCCUUCCUCAUUGUGUGCAGGAAAGGUAGUUCCUUGCUGUACUAAUGGGUUUGUCCUGUCCUGGGCCUGUCUUUGUUUUAAAGUCUGUCUCUUGUCACCCUGAUCUUUCUGAAGCAUUUGUUUGAGGAGAGCAGUUUUUCCUCCCAGUUGUUGACUGCGGGACUGAUCUAUCUGAUACCGUUCUCUCCCGGCAUGUCGCUGCUCUACCGCAGUGUUUGAGACUAUGCUUUACUGUGUCUUUAUAUUGUUUAUUCUGCUUUCUUGACUUGUGUGUGCCUUUUCCAAUUCAUCAUACAGUAGCUGCUUGGAUACACUGCUGUCAUAGAUUCUCCUCACAAGUUCCGCCCAGCGGGGCUGUGUUGCUGUGAGCAUUUAAGGACCCAAAGGAUGUAAAGAAUGAAAGCACUGUAAUGACGAGGAGGCCCCUCUGAGUAGACACACUAAUAUUUUAAAGUGUGAAUGAACUGGUGAUGAAAGAAUCUUAGUGAUAGAAUACAUGUUUCUAUUUACAGAUGGAAAAGAAUUUGGGGUGAGAAAGGUAAUUUACCUAUGAGAACUAGAAAUGUCUAAAAAACUGGGGAACAUCAUGUCAUUAUAUUUUUUCCCUUUGCUUUUAUGGGUCACCUUGUUGUUGCCUCUGACCUGAAUUGUCACUUUACUUCUCGUGAUAGAGGCAGUAAAAAUAUAGUUAAUGAGAAUCAUGAGAAAUAAUGAGAGAUGUUGAGAGUUCAGUUAGUUGUACUGAACUAUUCCUGAAGCCAGCCUAACUAGAAAUCUCUAUCCAUCUUCAGUUUGCAGUCCUGGGUCAGUGUGAAAUUUCAGUAAUUUGAACUAAAUUCACUAAAACAUACCUUAAAUAUAAAUGUAAAUAUUAAAGGAUGACCUGUGCAAAAGUAUCCCCACACCAGUACUAAUAGCAAUAAUUCUAAAUUAUUGCCAAAAGAUGCUCUUUGAAAAAUGAAAAUCCCAUGCUUUACAAGUUUACAGAAAGAAAGGAGUAAAUGAAAUGUCAUUUUUGCCUUGUACAUAGGCUAAGUCCAUUAGAGGAAUAAAUCAAUGUGACAAGAUAAUCAGUAUAAAGACAAUGUAUAUUACUUUAUUUUUUAAAAAAUGUCAGUUUUAUCCUGUAGACCAUUUCUGUAUUUAUAGAU